GGAAGAGGCAGAUUCAGGAAGCCAUUACGCAGCUGGCUGGCAGCGGCCGGGCCGGUCGGGGCUGGGCCCUACGCACUUUGCGUAGCGAGGGGGGUUACCAAAGGCCUGGUGCUUGGCCUGGGGCAAGCCCGGCCUAUCCCCUGUUGGGGGGGGGGUGGAUGAGGGGAGAGGCUGGGGAGGAAGAGACGGGGAAUUGGGGCGUUUGAAGGGAUUAUAAUUUCUUUAAAAAGGGGGGUGGGGAGAGGCCAUGGCCGUCCCAGCCAAGAAGAGGAAGAUGAACUUCUCUGAGCGAGAGGUGGAGAUCAUCGUGGAAGAGCUGGAACUGAAGAAGCACCUGCUGGUGAACCACUUCAAUGCCGGGGUCCCUCUGGCUGCCAAGAGUGCCGCCUGGCACGGCAUCUUGAGAAGGGUCAACGCUGUGGCCACCUGCCGCAGGGAGUUGCCUGAGGUCAAGAAGAAGUGGUCUGACCUCAAGACCGAGGUCCGUCGCAAGGUUGCCCAGGUCCGGGCAGCGGUGGAGGGUGGCGAGGCCCCAGGGCCCACUGAGGAGGAUGGAGCAGGCGGGCCUGGGACAGGUGGUGGCAGUGGUGGCGGUGGCCCAGCCGUAGCCCCCGUCCUGCUCACCCCCAUGCAACAGCGCAUCUGCAACCUGCUGGGCGAGGCCACCAUCAUCAGCUUGCCCACUACCACAGAGAUUCACCCCGUGGCCCUCGGACCCACAGCCACUGCAGCUGCAGCCACGGUCACCCUGACACAGAUCCCCACGGAGACCACCUAUCACACGCUCGAGGAGGGAGUGGUAGAGUACUGCACAGCGGAGGCCCCUCCACCGCUGCCAGCCGAGGCCCCCGUGGAGAUGAUGGCCCAGCACGCUGACACCUCGGUCAAACCCCAGGCGCUCAAGAGCCGCAUCGCCCUCAACUCGGCCAAGCUGAUCCAGGAGCAGCGGGUCACCAAUCUGCACGUGAAGGAGAUUGCGCAGCACCUGGAGCAGCAGAAUGACCUGCUGCAGAUGAUCCGCCGCUCCCAGGAGGUGCAGGCCUGCGCCCAGGAGCGCCAGGCCCAGGCCAUGGAGGGCACCCAGGCGGCGCUGAGCGUCCUCAUCCAGGUCCUCCGGCCCAUGAUCAAAGAUUUCCGCCGCUACCUGCAGAGCAACACACCCAACCCCACGCCCCCCUCGGAGCCCGGACAGGUGGCUCAGAACGGGCAGCCCGACAGCAUCAUCCAGUGAGGGCAGGGGCUGCGACGACCUUCUGCUGUGAUUGGAUGGCACCACUGUGGUCUUGGAAGUGGGUUUUGUGACUGGCCUUAGGCCAUGUGGCCAGCCCUCUCUUGGAUGGCCUGUUCGGGGUCCACGGUUUCUGAGAAGUGAAGGAGAUUGAGAAGAACUUGUUGGGCUCCUGGGACCCCAACUGUUCCUACCCCCACCCACCACCCCUUGAGCUGCCUGGCGAAGAGCCUGAAGGUUGGCUAGGUGGGGGUUGGGCGCUGGUGAUUCUACACAUGGUGUCACACGCCAGGGCUUGCGACAGGAGCCACUCUGUCUAGAAUGCCUGGAAGGGAGGUUCUCACUGGGAGCUGUCUCACAGCUGGGGGUUGGGGGCGGGGGUCCUGUGCUGAAAGGCUCCCCCACCCCACAGUGUCAUCAAUGUGAUAAUGUCCGUGGAGCGGGUAGUGGCCCAGUACCUUCUUCCUGCCUUGGGAGGCAGAGUCACUGGGCCUGAGCAGGAAGCUCCACCCCUUUUCUCCUUCCCACUGUGCCUCCGUUCUCAGGGGACUCCGGUCCAUCUGUGCUCUCUCCACCCCCCACACCUCUCCGGGCCUCGCAGGGGGGCCCUCGCUAUCCCCCCCCCUCCCCCUCCCAGCUAGCUCUGCAGCUGCACCCAGGAUGCAGCCGGCUGGGCUCAGGGAUGCUGGGUGUGCUGGGGACGGCCUGGCCCCCAUCCGGUCUUCCACUGCGCCUGGGGCAGCCUGACAGCUUUUGACUCAGGACGAGCAUUAGGCUCUGGGUGCUGUGAAUCUGAGAGAAAACAGACCAGCUUGGAACACUGUUGCUCCCCUGCAGUGGGUCUGAGGUGACCACGUGGCUUCUUCCAGAAAGCUUGCUUCAGGCCAGUUGUAUUUCUGUAUGCCUACCCCUCCUGGGAAGGGGUGCAGCUCCGGCCACACCCGUCCUCUUCUCUCUACUGACUGCACGAUUCCGACACUCGGCGUGGGGGAAAAAGAAAAAAAAAGUGGGGGAAAAGGCAUCAUGCCCCGGAUUCCCUCUCACAUUAUUGGGCGCCUCAUGUUCUUGCGAGACCCCCACUGACUGGUGAGGUGUGUCUCCAGGCCUGCUUGGGCCCGAAUGUUUGAGGUGGGAGAGCCGAAGCUGGCCUAAGAAGCAGGACCUUGACUUCUGUGCUCGAGGAAGAGCAGACUGACCUCGGAAUGCCGAAGGAGGUAUCGUGCCCUGUUCUGUCUUGACGCUCUCUCCCGUUCUGGAGGGAGUUUACCCAGGUAGCAUUUAUCCGGUUCAUUUUCCGAAUCGCCCUGGAUCACUCAGACCCUUGCAUUUUCCCAGAUCAUUCCCCAGGACUGCCAUCUUGCUGCCGAUGCCUUGGCUGCACAUGACCAGUGGUGAUAGCUCGAGGCUCCAGAGCUCAGCUGAACGAUCAAGGUGCUGCCCUUCUGGGCAUCGUGGCUCACUCCACUGUUGCCGUUGUGGGAAGAUGCCCCCAAAGACGGUUGGGAAGUGACUGUCGUAUGGCCAGCCUCUCUGUGGAGGACAAGUGUCGCGUCAGCUAGGGAGCAAUGGAGAGGAAUCCGGCCGGUAAGGAGGUGGGUGAUGGAAGGAAAGCUCCCCAGUGGGGCUGGAAAGCAGGAGCCCCUGGCAGCCUGAGCUUCCUCCCUCCAUGGAGCCUGAUCCCCCGGCAGGGAAGCUCUGGGGCCUUCCUGAGGCUUUGCCGCUCGGUUUGGCUUUUCUCUGGGGUUGGCAUUCUGAGCCACUACUGCAUCGGUUCCAAUUGGGUAUAAAGAGGAGGCCUGGAUCUCUUAAACUCACCGCUUCUUUCAGGUCAUAAUUUUAAAUUAAAACUAUAUCACUUUUUUUACACA